GAAAAGAUAAACAUAGAAAAGAAUAUCAGGAAGAGGAAGAGGACACCCAACUUACGCAUACAAACAAAGGAUACUCGAUUUGCUCCCCGCUACGCUCCGUGUGGGAGUCGGAACGAUCCCGGUCAAAUUGCUGCUACGAAAAUGGCCGAUGCCGUUAGAGUUGACAGAGAUGCUAUGCGGAAAGAGCACGUGACCGACCAUGACCGCCGCGACAAGAUUAGCCGGAUCCUCACGAGCAUCGGCAGGUUCGCCGUUGACUCCGCCGUUCAGGAGUCUCUCAAAGCCGAUACUGGUAGGAAGAAAGUGCAUAAGAUUGUGCAGGAAGGAUUCAUGCAUCAAUGCCCAACGCCCUGUUUAAAUGAUAAGAAGAAACCAGAAGAUCUUAAACUAGCAAUGGAGGAGCUGCAAGCAAAGGAGUUAAUGCAGGAAGACAUGAAUAAAGUAGAGCAAGGAAAUAAGAUAUCAGCCAAGUCUGUCAAUGGAUCAGAGGAUCCAGAGCCUCUGAAGAAGCUUCCAAAUGAAGACAACAAGGAAUCAGAUCUUCUGAAAACGGAUAAGAAAAGAGUUUUUCUUCGUUCCCGGCUAUAAAUUAAUGGGGUUGAGUUUGGUGUCCUUGAUGCCUCACAUAUCAUGUGACUGACAUCAAAAUAGCAUGUUGAGGAUUUGUAUAUGGAUUCUAUGUCUAUCAUGCGCUCGUUUUUCUACCCCAAUGUCAUCUGUAUGUAGAAGUCUGAAAAACUAUAGUAUAUGUUCUUUUUUUGCACAUAAUUUCCACCACGAUUUCUCCUUAUUAUAUGCGAUGGGAUUUGAAUUUAUAGCAUCUACUUCAUAAUCAGAAGGGCUGACUGAAAAAAGAAAUUCCAAAUUUCAUUUUAUUGAAAGGUUUAAGAUUUAUUAUUCUUUGGGGCCGGGAGGAUUGACAAUGGCCUAAGGCUUUAUGGAUGUUUGAUGUAAAAUCUUUCUAUAACGUCCGUGUACCUCAAGAGAGUGCCUAUUUUCCUUGGAAGAGUAUUUGGUUUCAUUAAGGGUGGUGUUUUGUUUUUUGGUUUUUUUGCGCUAAGACAAUUGUCCUUAAAAGAUCUAACUAUGAAUAACCUUAAAAAAUAGUGUCGUUGUGGUUCAUUGAUGUUGUAUGCAUGUGUAAAAGGAGUGGAAAGAGUAUGAAUUAUCUUCUUUUUCAUUGGAGACUGCAGAUGCUUGGUCGAAUGCUAACUAUCUUUAGUAGUUCCGGGUUAUGCCUAGAAGAGAAGUUUGACCUUUUCGCUUGUUGGAGUCUCAGAGUACAGGACGUUGUCGUUUGAAGAUGCUACAACCCAUAAAAGAGAUUCCAUAAAAAGUUGAGGGCAAUUUCAGUCUUUUGAUUAUUACACACUCGCCAUUUCUUUCAACUUCCACGCACAAACACCCACACACACUGAAACUCGCGCUUAUUUCUUUCACCUUCCACGUACAAACUCUCUCUCUCUCUCUCUCUGUCUCGGAGUGUUCAAGAGCACCGAACAUCUAUGGCAGUGUGGACAGCCGCGGCUCGCCAAGCCACCAAUCUCUCUCGGCUCUCCUCCCCGAAAACAGCUUCCACCGCUCAAGCCGCUUCCCUUAUCCAUCGGCGUGGUCUCGCCGGAGGAGGCGUUGCAGAUCAUCAUGGAACUCCAAAGGUGAAUUUUUGGCAGGAUCCAAUGCACCCAUCUAGAUGGAAAAAAGAACAAUUUGUGAUUGUGUCUUUAACUGGAUGUGGAUUACUUUUCUAUGGAGGUUACGAGUUCUUCAUUAAAGGCAAAAACGACAAGGAAGAGAAAGUUGGAGAACAAUCAGGUCCAUCACACUAGCUUUUCUGAGGGAGUUCUACCUGCAAAUAAAAUCUUCACUUGGCUUAUGAUAUGUAGAAUGAGGAUGUUCGUCUUUGUGUUCUCUGGAUGAGGAUGUUUUUCUGUGUAAUUAUACCGCUAGUUUUCGCCUUCUUUGAUUGUACAUAAACUUCAAAAUAAUAGGUUGUGAAUGCUAGACCUUUAUUUCGUUCUAAAACACCCCUUCUUAUGUUCUAACUA